UUGCAGGUUCCUGAUAUAGAUGCUAUACUUUCCCCAUGUGGUGGAGGUGGACUUUUAGCUGGGUGCUGUGUUGCAGCUAAAGCACUUUCGCCCAAAACCAAAGUGAUAGGUUUAGUACCAGAGACUUGCGUUUCGAUGAUUAAAUCGCUAGAAGCAGGAAGAGUUACGACUGUCAAAACCAAUCCAACGCUAGCUGACGGUUUAGCUGUCCCAACAGUUGGAUAUAACUCUUUUCAUAAUAUAAAGGGUCAGUUGAACAGUUACACCUUCGUCAAAAGUGCCACUUGCAUACGCACACGAUUCGCGUCAAAAAUUGAGCACGUUGUACUCAUAACAGCUGUGUUAGCGAUUAAUUUUUUAGCCGAGUAG